AUGAAAUCAGCAGCAAAAAAGACUUCUAAAUUCAUCAAGAAAAAGCUUGAUGAUGCUAUGAAGUCAGAUGAGCCAGAUGAGGAAAGUAGCCCAGACAGGACUCCUGAAUCUGAGGAGACUGCUCAAUCUUCCUCUUAUGAAGAAGAAAAAUCAGAGGAAGAAGAAAUAGAUGAAGGCCCAGACCUCUUAAAACAGGUCUUUAAAUCAUCUAAAAAGGCUGCAAAAUACAUAGGUAAAAAGAUUGUGCAGUCAGCUAAGACAAAACAAGCUGAUAUUGAGGAAGAUCAGUCAGACCAGGAUGAGGCUUCUGAAGGGGAGGAGCCUAGCGACCGAGAAGAAGAAGGAGCAGGACCCUCCCAUUCACAGAAAGCUGCAAAACCUAAAGAAAGCACAAGGCAUGAAGACCAUAAGCUCCAUGGUGAGGAACAUGAUCAUCUAAAAACACAUGACCAUGUGAAAAAGGAUGAUCAUUCAGAACAGCACCACCAUGAUGAGCAUGAACACAAGAGAAAAGAUCAUGUUGAUGAUCAUGUGGACGAGAAACAUGAUCAAGUACAUCAUGAAAAGAAAAGACACCAUGAAGCAGAGCAUGGUAAGGUCGAGCAUCAUGAAGAGAAAAAGCACCAUGAUGUGGACCAUGAUGAGCAUAAAAAGCAUCACAUGGUUGACCAUCAUGAAGAGAAAAAGCACCAUGAUGUAGACCAUGAUGAAAAGGAAAAGCAUCACAAGGCCGAGCAUCAUGAAGUGAAAAAGCACCAUGAUGUCGACCAUGAUGAAAAGGAAAAGCAUCACAAGGCCGAGCAUCAUGAAGUGAAAAAGCACCAUGAUGUCGACCAUGAUGAGCAUAAAAAGCAUGACAAGGCUGAGCAUCAUGAAGAAAAAAAGCACCAUGAUGAAAAAGAAAAGCACCACAAGGCCGAACAUCAUGAAGCUAAAAAGCACCAUGAUGUCGACCAUGAUGAGUAUAAAAAGCAUCACAUGGUCGAGCAUCAUGAUGUGAAAAAGCACCAUGAUGAAAAGGAAAAGCACCACAAGGCCGAGCAUCAUGAAGAGAAAAAGCACCAUGAUGAAAAAGAAAAGCACCACAAGGCCGACCAUCAUGAUGUGAAAAAGCACCAUGAUGUAGACCAUGAUGAGCAUAAAAAGCAUCACAUGGUCGAGCAUCAUGAAGUGAAAAAGCAUCAUGAUGAAAAGGAAAAGCACCACAAGGCCGAGCAUCAUGAAGAGAAAAAGCACCAUGAUGAAAAGGAAAAGCACCACAAGGCCGACCAUCAUGAUGUGAAAAAGCACCAUGAUGUAGACCAUGAUGAGCAUAAAAAGCAUCACAUGGUCGAGCAUCAUGAAGUGAAAAAGCAUCAUGAUGAAAAGGAAAAGCACCACAAGGCCGACCAUCAUGAAGAGAAAAAGCACCAUGAUGAAAAGGAAAAGCACCACAAGGCCGAGCAUCAUGAUGAGAAAAAGCAUCAUGAUGAAAAGGAAAAGCACCACAAGGCCGACCAUCAUGAUGAGAAAAGGCACCAUGAUGAAAAGGAAAAGCACCACAAGGCCGAACAUCAUGAUGAGAAAAAGCAUCAUGAUGAAAAGGAAAAGCACCACAAGGCCGAACAUCAUGAUGAGAAAAAGCAUCAUGAUGAAAAAGAAAAGCACCACAAGGCCAAACAUCAUGAUGAGAAAAAGCAUCAUGAUGAAAAGGAAAAGCACCACAAGGCCGAACAUCAUGAUACCAUGAUGAGCAUAAAAAGCAUCACAUGGUCGAGCAUCAUGAAGUGA